UAUAUGGGGUGUGGCCUAUGUUCGUUUUCGCGCGAAACCAAAUCUGCGGAAAGGAUUCCAUUGUGUGUUGUGGUUACAGAUAAGAUCCGAGCAUCUUUACAAAUGGAUAAAGAGUUAUUUCGUAAACUUGCGUCGAAGAUUGGGAUAACGGCUGUUAAAGUAUUGAGUCAAGCCGAGGAAUACAUGCGAUUAUCCCAGGUGAAAUGUGUUGGACUGGGUUCUGUUACAGCCACCAGCAAGGCCAUUAUUUGCCUUGAGUUGGCAGCGACUUCCAUGAAAUUUCCUCUAGACAAGGAGUAUGCCAUCAAACUGUCUGGACUAAGUCCUAAGGUUUACUCCAGUAAUCUGAAGGCUAUGGAGUGCAUGCUGGGCCUGCAGUCAAACCUGGGUCUCAGAGAUCUUGCAGUGCAGUUCGGGUGUUUGGAAGCGGUUAAAGUGGCCUCUCAGAUCCUUCAGAGGUAUGAGACCAGUUUGCCUGCUGCUCAGCAUCAAGACCUUGACCUGUCAAAGCCUCUCUUUACCACAGCAGCUCUCUAUGCAGCAUGCAAGUGCAUGAAAAUCAGAACUGACAGGAAAUUAGCCUCUUCAUCUGGCGCAAAGAAGGGCAUCUUUGACCGGCUGUGCACACAGUUUCAGAAACUCGGACAGGAGAUCUGCAAUGAGGCUUCAUCUAUGGAGAAACCAGUCAAAACUGUUCAAAAGAGGCAGAAGACAAUCACUGAAAUGCUAGAAACAGGAGAAGAUGAUGAAAAGCUUUCAACAUCCCCUAAGCGAGAGAGGGCUGAGAAGACGGAGGAAGAAGAGACACAAAAUUAUGAAGAGUGGAAAAGAAAAAUUCUUGAAAAUGCUUUAAAACCAAAGACAAUAGAUUCUUGAACACCGUUUAUAAUGUCAACAGGACUUUACUUUGAGUUGGAUUUAAUACUCCAUUACCAUAGACUGUAUAAAAAAAGUCUGCCCCCUUCUGGCUCCUUGUGUAAAUUUGUUCCGUUUACAUAUGGACAUUUCCACAGGAAUCACAGCACUUUUUAUUAUCCGUUGUUUAAUUGCCAUUUCUCGGGUGAAAAUAUGGUUACCAUUUUAUGACAGAUUUUAUAUUGUGCAAAGGUUUACUAAUUAAGUUUCUUAUUUCGAUUUUAUCGAGGUGCAUUUAGUUUGUGUUGAUGUUUAAAUUGUGGUGUUUAAUCGAUCAUGAUUUGGAUGAUUAUGUCUGGUGACAGUAUGACUUUGUUUGCUCACAGUGUUCUGUGGUAAAAUCUCACAGGAGGAGUAGAAUGCAUUCAUGAUCAUCUGGAUGGGUUUUAUCCAUUUAAGAAAUGAGAAAUGGCUUAUCUGCUUACAGUUUAAUAAGAUUUUAUUAUGAAUAAAAUGUGUAUUUUUGACAA